AUGACCGCGAAGUAUCCCUUACUACGUCCACGACGCGGCCUGUCGAUGCUCUGUAUCAUUGCUUGCCUCUCCUGCAGCGUCAUUCUCGCCAUCUGGUAUGGCAUGAACUCCGAUCGCGACUACAUUCAUCCAGUCCUCACACAAUUGAUUCCCGCGGGCCACUGUGCUUGUCAAACAUCCACCACCUUCCAAUGCUCUACCUGUCUCUCCUGUCCCGAGACAAGUCUUCAAAUACCUUCAUCCCCUAGAUGGUCCUUCGACUACGCCCGCGACGCUCGCAAUGAGGCCCUCGAUAGCAGACAGUGCGAAGCUGCCUUCCCAGGUCUGUUUGAAGAUGUUGCGCGUGGCCAGAAAUACUGGCGCGCACUUCAAGGCCUGGUGACCGAGGACCUCGACGUGAUCCACUUACAACCAGGAAUGGCGCGCGUCUUCAUUUCACAAGGUCAUCUGCAUGUGGUCGCUGCGCGCGCCAAGGGUGAGGACCACCGACGGAAAAUUCUGGGGGUAUUGAGCUCGAUCCAUCGUGCGCUGGCCGCCGACCAAGAUCGCGCCGCACGCCGCGACAUCGAAUUCGUCUUCUCUGUGGAAGAUAAAGUGGAGGACGUCACGAAUUCGGAAUACCCUGUCUGGGUCUUCGCCCGCACCCCAACCGAAGAGGGCGUAUGGCUCAUGCCAGACUUCAGCUUUUGGGCCUGGGAUAACCCUACCAACUAUAUUGGCCCCUACGACCAGGUGGUCGAUCGCAUCACAAAAUUGGACGUUCCCUGGAACGAGAAAAAACCGCAACUUGUAUGGCGCGGCAAGCCAAGCUUUGCGCCGAAGCUGCGUCGCGCAUUGAUGGAAGCCGCGCGAGAUAAACCCUGGGGUGAUGUGAAGCAGGUCGAGUGGUCCUCCGGCACCAACGUGCUCAAGAUGGAGGACCACUGCCAUUACAUGUUCAUUGCCCACGUCGAAGGUGAGAGACUAGAUCAGCGACAAGCUCCUCCUGGAUCAGCCACUGACACGUUCUUCGUAGGACGAUCAUACUCCGCAUCCCUCAAAUACCGACAAGCUUGUAACUCAGUCAUUGUCGCACACAAACUCCAGUACAUCCAACAUCACCACUAUCUCCUCGUCUCCGAAGGCCCGAACCAGAACUACGUCGAAGUCGAGCGCGACUUCAGCGACCUCGGCGACAAGAUCGAGCCUCUCGUCCGCGAUACCGACGCCGCAGAACGCAUCGCCAAUAACAACGUCAAAACUUUUCGCGAACGAUACCUUACACCAGCAGCCGAAGCAUGCUACUGGCGCUCGCUAUUUGGCGGCUACAGCAGCGUGUGGAAUAGCACGGUGAAUCCAUGGUCCGACCGAGACCACAAAGAGCGCGGUCUCCGGUAUGAGUCCUUCGUGCUGCUGGAAAGUCCGAAAAUGUUCGAGUUCAGGGCUGAUCGCUCCUUCUUGUGA